CGGCGCUGGUAUGUUUUUAGGAUUAUUGUAAGUUGUGUUAUAUAGGCAAAUGUUUAAAGGAAAGCCUGCAUGGACAUAUGGGCAAUUAUGUAUGUUAUUUCAUAAAAGUGGAUAUCAGAAAAUUCAAAAUUAUUGAGAAUGACAGUUUUUAAUCAUGAGUGUAUCCCUAAAAGGUAUUGUGCUAAUAUGCCAAAAUUACAGUUUUCAAUGAGCAAAUGCAUAUCAAGAUUUUUCUUGCUUACUCUCCUGGUAGUCUGUGUGAUUUUUAUAAGCUUGCCAUUUAUAGGAAAACACUCAACUGUGAUAUUUUAUGAAGCUGCAUUUUAUAAUGUUACCGUUGAAAAAAAUACUCAUCGUUAUUCUAGUCUAGGUUAUCCAGAAGCUUUAAAUAUAAAAACAUCCAAAGACCAAAUAAAAUUUCGGUCUGUGGACAUAGAGACUACAACAACACAGAUUACAACAACCAAACAUAUAGAUGUUUACACUGAAGAUUUAUCAACUGUAAGACAUGUUAAUAAAAGUUCAAAUAUAAAAGUGUCACAAUCGAUAAAAGUACCGAAGUGUUAUAAUCCAAUAAACCACGUGGCGUUUCUAAAAGUGCAUAAAGCAAGUAGCACGACUGUUAUGAAUAUUUUCCUCCGAUAUGGAGAUUCGCACAGACUAAACAUAGUUCUCCCGCGAUCCGUAAAACAAGGUACCUUUAACUAUUUAGGUUAUGGUGUAACAGUUCAGAAGAAAAGAAUAAAUAAAAUUCCAGGCAAUGAGACAUAUAAUAUUUUGUGUAACCAUGCUGUAUAUAACAAGGAAGCGUUUUCAGAACUUCUAGGGCCUUAUUCAAUUAACAUAGGAAUUGUUCGUGAUCCAUUUACACAGUUUCCUUCCGCGGCAUAUUACUACGGUUUACUGAGUCGUAUUAAAAAACGUUUUGGUAACAUAAAAAAAGCAGAAGAGCUACUUUCGAGAUUCUUAAAAUCACCUGAUUCUUUUGGUUCGAUUUUGCACGUUCACAAUGGAAUGUUUUCAGACUUUGGACUUCCAAAGAAGGACUUUCAUAAUGAAGAAGCAAUCAAUAAACGCAUCAACGACUUAGACAAGGAGUUUGCGUUAGUCAUGGUCACAGAACUGUUUGAUGAAUCGCUUAUAUUAAUGAGAAGAAUUUUGUGCUGGGGAAUAAAGGAUAUUCUUUAUGUUCCACUGAAUAUCAAUAAAAAUAAGAAACAACAUCCAAUAGUUCUCAGUGAAGAUACAAAGAAAAAUUUAUUCAAAUAUAAUUAUGCUGACUUUAAAUUAUACAUGCACUUUCGAGAUAAAAUGACGGAACAAAUCAAAGAUCAAGGUCAGGAUUUCUAUUCAGAAGUUAGAUAUUUCAAAAAAGUUCAUGUGAUAGUUACAAAAUUUUGUCACGAGAUUUCGUUAAAGAAAUAUCCAAGUUCCGCAUCUGUCCUUAUAAAAGCUUCAAGCUGGAAUUCAGAUUUUACAAUUAAUGCAGCAGAAUGUAAAUUUAUGAUGUCUGCCGAACUCCCUUUACUUAAAGGAUUGAUGAGUAAGGCUGAAACACGGUAUAAUAAAUGGCUCGAAGCAAUGCUCGAAAGUUUUACAGGAACCAAUACUUCAUUUAUAAAGAGAAACGUGAUCUCAUGAGUUAGCUCAUUCCAGCGGAACAAUUCUUAAGAAUUAUUGUGCAGAAUCAGGAAGCGCAAUGUUUCGAAAAAUGAGGGUUAACUUAAUCAUCAUUUUACAGAAUGAGGAAACGCAAUAUUGGAAAACGAGGGUAUACAGUAAAUGUCUGUCUCAUUUUAAUACAAGUUUGUUUACGAUAUUGACUAUUUUUCAUAUAUUUUUUAUGAGAGAUCCAUGUCAUACGUGUUUGUUAUGUUAAAAUUUUGUUAUCAUUGAUAUUCGUCAAACAAUAU